AUGGGGUCCAUCGGCUACAACGAAGAACAUGCUCCUAAGGGCAUGGGCCACUGUGGAAAUUACGAGAUUCUUGAAGAACCGAGCCGAUCUCGUCGCAAGAUCCGGAUUAUCGUAAUUGGAGCCGGCGCAAGUGCGUUAAACCUUGCACACGAGAUCGAUACAAGUACACUGGACAUUGAGUUGGCGCUGUAUGAGAAGAACCCUGAAGUUGGUGGAACUUGGUAUGAGAAUCGAUACCCCGGAUGUGGAUGUGAUAUUCCCUCGGUAAAUUAUCAAUUCUCUUGGGCACCUUCUCCUGACUGGACCUCAUUCUACUCGGGGGCGCCCCAAAUUUUGAAUUAUUUCAAAGGAAUUGCGGAUGAUUACGGACUGCGCAAAUACAUUCACUUAAAUCAUCAAGUCAUAGGUGCAUCAUGGGAUGAGCAUGAUGAACAGUGGGUUAUCCAAAUCCAGAGAGGUGACGACCCCGAGGAUGUUUUUGAGGACAGAGGACACAUCCUAGUCAACGCGUCUGGUGUUUUGAACAAGUGGAAAUGGCCUGCAAUUAAAAACAGAGAAACCUUUCAGGGGCCUAUACUUCAUAGUGCACACUGGGAUGAUCAAGUUGAAUUAAAAGGGAAACGCGUGGCUGUGAUCGGCUCAGGGUCCUCAGCAGUACAAAUUAUUCCAACUAUUCAGCCCGCGGUGUCUUCUCUGAAAUGUUUCAUUCGCAGCGCCUUUUGGGUGACUGCUGGGUUUGGUCAGCGGUUUGCAGGAAAAGGAGGAGCCAACUUCAAAUGUCUAACACCUCAAAGAGAAAUACUCCGGGACAACCCACAGAGAUACUUGGCAUACCGCAAGAAAAUUGAAUCCGAGCUGAACUCUCGUUUCCGAUUCAUUCUCAACGGAUCGAAAGAGCAGGCAAAUGCCAGAGCGUAUGCCGAGAAAGACAUGCGAUCUAAGCUCGCUAGUCAUCCCGAGAUUGCUGACUGGAUAGUCCCGAAGGAUUUUGCAGUAGGUUGUCGUCGACCCACGCCUGGAAACGGAUACCUCGAGGCACUCUGUAGCGAGAACACCGAAGUUGUCUCUCAGUCCGUCGCAGAGAUCACUUCCAAAGGGAUCAAAACUGCUGAUGGCGUUGAGCAUAAAGCCGAUGUGAUUGUAUGCGCAACUGGUUUUGAUGUUAGCUGGCGGCCAUCGUAUCCUACGAUUGGCCGGGGAGGACACAGUCUCAGUGAACAGUGGAAGGAUAUUCCGAGGACCUAUCUUUCAAUCACUGUCCCGAACUUCCCCAACUAUUUUAUUUUCAACGGCCCCUUCGGCCCAUAUGGACAUGGAAGCUUUCUCCCAAUCACAGAGACCCUAUCGCGUCAUUUUCUCCAGAUCCUAGAGAAAAUGUCGUCUGAGGGUGUCACUUCCUUCGAACCAAAAGAAGAGGCAGUCGCUGAUUUCUUCGAGCACCAUAGGCAAUUUAUGCCGCGUACAGCUUGGACAUCUCCAUGUCGUUCUUGGUUUAAGCAGGGCACUGUUGAUGGCGAGGUAAUGAUGUGGCCUGGUUCUAGAAUACACUUCUUUGAAACGAUGAAGCAACCCCGGUGGGAAGAUUAUAAUCUUCGAUAUACGACCACUAAUCGAUUUGGAUACCUCGGAAAUGGAUUUGCCGCCCGUGAGUUUGACGGAAGUGACAUGUCUUGGUAUCUCGGAACUUUAGAAGGUAAUGAACAAGCCUAUCUACCAGAUGAAGAUUUUGAAGAUUUCAUGGUUUGUUAG